AUGUAUGCCGCGGCCGCCUGCUGUCGUCGCCACCACCGCUUCUGCUUCUGCUGCUAUUACUACGACGACUCAGAGGCAGUAGCAACAGUCGUUGUCGUGGCCGUCGUCCGGCGUUGUGUUAGUAGUAGUGCGUCCGCGCGUGCUUAUCUACGUGCGCGCGUGAAUACGUGCGUUGAACGGCGCGGUGCGGAUGACAGUCAAAACAAUUCGCCCAUUGCACCCACAUCCACACGCCCACACACCCACCCACCCCGCCUGCCGUUCGCCGCCGGUCGGUGGGUUGGUCCGUUCGUCCGUCCCUCGGCUUUCCCAUCGCGUCGUGCUGCGGUGCGUUGCUUCGGGCGGCUGGCCAAUUUGUUCCGACAAUCUGUUCCCUCCCGGGGCGGGACAGACUCAGACACGAUGCGCGCGUCCUCCUUUUCUGCGUGUAUACUUCGAGCGGAGCCAGUAGUAGUUGUGAGAAUCGGUGUCUCUAAGCUUGUCAAUUUCUCUAUUCUCCCAUUCUCUCGUUGUACCACGUGCUGUCGAUGUGAAGCCUCUUUGCGACAUGCGACAGUGGAGCUCACCUCGCUCUCCUUUUGGCAGACACAAAGUCUAAAUUCGGUGUCGCCGGUAGCUGUUAACUCCAUACGUCACAACCUAUCGCUUCAUGACAAGUUCGUCAAGUGUCCAAAAGCCUCCGAAAGUUCCAAGUCGUCCUACUGGCGCCUCAACGCCAACUCUCUUAACCGUCCCUACGUGCGUCGACGGACGUGCUCCCUGGACACAUCAGGAAGCGUUGCUGGUGGCGGGGGCGGCGGUGUCGGAGGCAAGAAGGCGAAGUCCCGUCUUGGUGGUGGAGGUAGCGGAGCAGCGAGCUCUGCCUCGGCUGCUAAGCGGGCUGCACAGAUAGCUGCUGCUGCCACCGCUGCCGGUGGCGGAGGAGGUGGAAGCGGGGGUCGAGGAGAGAUGAAAUCGGGCGGUGCAUUGUACGGCGGUGAUAAUCUUCUCUCCACUCUACAAUCGAGCGGAAGCUCCGCCGCUGCUGUCCGCUCCCACCUAAAUAGCCUUUCCUCGGGCAUCGUGAGUGCCUUUAGCAUUCCCGGUGGUGGAGGUAGCGACACGUUGCUUGGGCUCAAACCCGACCCAGGUUCAGGGCUUAACCAUCAUCCCUGGACUAAUUCGGGUUUCCUUGCCGAUCGGAAACCACCCAAUGAUGAGAUUAGUGCUUUAUGCAAAAUGCAGACGAGCGAUUCGGUCAGUUCGGGUAGUUUGAGCUUGAUGAGCAGUGGUGGUGGCGGUGGCUAUGAGUUUCAAGUUCCGCGUCCACCUCCCUCCUCCUCCACGCGUUCAAGUUUUUCCUCCUCAGGGAUUGGUAGUGACCGAGGCUCUUCGUUUUUCUCCCCUCCUCCACCACCACUGCCACCACAAUCGAGCCGGUACCACCACCAUCAGGCCUUUUCCCAAGACCAACAGCAGCGGUAUGGAUCCCUCUGUGAUGCUUCUCCUACCGCUGCCUCCACGAGCACCACUCCCACCACCACCUAUGAUCACCUGACGGGCAUCCUUACCGGCUCGGCCGAGUGUCUAGAUGGUGGUGCAGAUCCCUUCCUCCGCGACGAUCCACAUCAGUUGCAACAUCACCACCAACCACCACCGCCAUCUAUGUCACAUCAUCAUCAACAUCACCACCAUCACCAACAUCCACCACUGCCACCACCAACAAACUCACACCUGCACAACCUCUUGAUGUGUGGUGAUUCGUCAGGCGAAGUGCCGGGCUCGGCACUAUCUUCAACGAUCCAUGGAAGUGGUGAACAGCAACAACUACUAAGUUCUCAGGACGCCAUGGAGCUGCGAAUCAGUCUCGAGAUCGCGAAUCGGGUCAAGUCAGGCGAGAUGAGCAGCACCAUGCAACAAUGGGCGGCAGUGGCGGCGUCGGCUGCACGAACCGUGGAGAAUGGUGUUUGA